CAGGCAUCCUAAAAUACAUAUUGUCGCUGGCAAGGAAAUGACAACGGGACAUCAUUAAGCAACGAUGACCCCCCAAAGGAGAACAUAGAUUCCAUCGUGGAUGCCAUGGCUUUUCAUGAGCCAUAUGUGCUCGUCCGCAUGUUUAUAGAAUCUUCAUUAGUGAAGAGCCGUAAUAGAUAAGGGACUGAAAUGUUAGCAUCAAUCGCUGAGAUAAGGGCAAGUGUAUGACCAGUCUACUUGACAAUUCACAAGGGGCUGGGGCUGGGGAAAAGAGCGGCCGCAACACAGCUUCAGAAAGUGUCUCGCUUUUGGUUUUGCUCCCCUACUCACUCCCCAGACUCUAAUCGGACAAGACGUUCCUGGAUCUCUGUUGGCUUUUCCCUCACCGGAGAACGAAGCACAUGCAAAAUGUACUGUUUUGGUGCCUUGGCUCUUGUGAAUGUCGUCUUCGUCCACCUGACCAACAGCAAACCUGUGGAUGUUAGGAGCGGAUUACUCACCGCGGGGAACUCUCCCGAACACUCCGGUGACCUUGGGAAUAUGGAUGAAGAGGCCCCUUUCGACUUUCAGGCUUUCCUGGAGAAUCUGAAAGCCGAUUUCUUGAGGAACUUGAACCUAUCAGAGAUACCUUCACAGGAGAAGAUGAAAGAGGAGCCACCCCAAUUCAUGAUUGAGUUGUACAAUCGAUAUACCAAGGACAAGUCUUCCAGCCCCAUAUCCAACAUUGUCCGUAGCUUCAGUCCUGAAGAUAUUGCCUCAGGGGAAAUGGACCCCUUUCAGAAAUACAUCUUGCUUUUCAACCUCUCCAUCCCAUGGCAUGAAGAAGUCACCAGAGCUGAGCUUCGGAUCCACACUGCUUGCCAGGAGGAGGCAGAGUGUUUCUCUCGCCUUCAGGGAAAGGUGGUCAUCUACAGCAGUCUAGGAGGGGAUCCCUGGGAGAAACCAAAAGAGGCCCAAUCUUUCCUAGUCUCCAAAGAAAUCCACGAAUGCGGCUGGGUGAUGUUUGACAUGUCUGGCACUGUGAAAAGAUGGGUCAAGGCGGAGAAAGCAAGGACUACCAGCCAGCUACAGAUCACCAUGGAAAGCCAUGUUCACAGGGAGCCCCCCUGUGGAAAGCCGUGCAUCAGUGUAACACCAGAGUCCAACCGUUUGCCCUUGCUGAUAGUGUUUUCCAACGAUAAUGGCAACAGAAUCAAGGAGAACCAAAGGGAACUUCAGGAAAUGAUGGCGCACGAACAGGAGAGCGUGCUUAAGAACGACACUGUUCACAAGCAGAAUGCGUUGCCUUUCGGCGGAACCCACCGUUUUCCAUCUAGAAGCAAACGCAGCGUUGAAAGCAACCACUGUCGGAGAACGUCUCUUCAUGUCAACUUCAAAGAAAUUGGCUGGAAUUGGAUCAUUGCGCCCUCGGAUUAUGAGGCGUUUGAGUGCAAAGGGGGCUGCUUCUUUCCUUUGACCGAUAACGUCACCCCGACCAAACACGCUAUCAUCCAGACCUUGGUUCACUACAAGAACCCCAAGAAAGCAGCCAAGGCUUGUUGCGUUCCCACCAAGCUGGAAGCCAUUUCCUUGCUUUACAAUGACGAUGCCGGGACGCCCACUCUAAAAUACCAGUACGAAGGGAUGAAGGUAGCAGAAUGUGGCUGCAGGUAGGAGAGCAGAGGACCUCUCCUUCAUAACUGAACCAAGCGGUGGAAAUAUCUCUGCGGAUAUUUCAUAGAAUGGCACUUGUUGGAAAUAAAUGGCUGAGUAUGCAAACAGUUGUCUUCCAAGCUGACACCUACCUUUCUCUCUCUCAAGAGACAGACAGACACACACAGAGAGAAUCUGAGACCAAAACUGAAAAAUUGGAACAGCUACAGCUUCUCUUAGGCCUAUUGCAUUAGCAGGUCCCCUCAAUGCCCACCCAUGGUACUGCAAAUGUGUCUAGUAGUAUUUGAGUUUGAUGCAUCUCACAGUCCAUGCUAGAUCUGCUUAGGAAACUGGCCACCUGAUCCACAUGCCUUCAUGAACUUCUAAUUCUGCCUUUUUUGCAGUGUCUCUUCAUUCUUUCUGAGGCUGAGCAUGGAAGUAUUGGCAAUUUGAGGCAGUAGCCGUACGAAACAUUUCGUUUUGCCAUCGUGUCCGUUGCGUUGUAACCAUGUUCCUUCCCAUUUUCCUUUCUCCAUGACAAUGUCGAGCUCUACAUACUGUUUCUAAGCCCAUAUAAUACCAUUGUCCCUCUUUUGUUUUCCAGAAUAUUGACAUUUUCUCGUUUCAAAUUAUUAUUUCCCCCUGUUUGCCAGAUAGUAAUAAAAGAUACACUUAGCAGCUUGAAA